AUGGCGGAAGGAAACGCGUAUACUCGACGACUACGGAGUUCCCGACGCUCCGAUACGACGCUUUCCGAUGAAGGGGAGGAACUGGAAGACAUCACGGGAGGUAGCUAUCGACGCCACGCUGUUAGGACACCGGAUCCGGUGCAGCGGACGCUGGAAUUGCGGUCAGGAGAUGAUGGCGAAGAAGACGAGGAGGACGAGGACGAGGAAUUUAGCGACUUUGAGGAACCGGACGACGAUUUUACGUGUACAGUGUACCGCAGCAUUUCGUACAUGCCUCCGUACGUGGAGAGUGAGGACGUGGUCGAGUCGGAAGACGUUCAGGAAGAAGAGGAGGGCGAUAAAGCGCGUGGAGUGCGACGUUCCGAGCUCAAGAAACGAGCGGCAGGAGCUGCUGCGUUUUUUCAGAUACCGGAACAAGCUGGUGGGUUAUGGCAGGAGGUUGUUGUGGACUCGAAGGCUGUUAAGACGAUGCUCAAGGGGCUGCGGCGAUUGUGGCGCUUGGUGCUGCGCAAUUCGUUUAUGGCGGUGAAUGUGUUGUGGCUGCUGGCGCCGCUGUGCUGCUUUGCAAUUGCUAUUUCAGUUCCCCAGUACUUGAAAAGUACAUUGCAGUAUGUGGACGUCUUUUCGAUGACAGGGAUCGGAACGCAUGGAAAUGCAAAUGCAGGUGUUGAGAUGGAGACCAUACAGUCAAUGGUGCAGGCAGUCGUAGACUCAAAAAUACGGAGCAUGAGUGAGGACAUGGAAGUGUUGCGGCAAACUGUGCAAUCCCAAGAACGGGAAAUUGAGGCUCUCAAACAGCUCCAUGAUACGCUGCAGUACGCUCACGACGAAACGCAGCAAAAGUUUAGUCUUGCUGAAUCCAACAGCAUGAUCACAGUUCAUAUCGAGAAAGUUGUUGCCAAGCAUACAGAAGAACUGUGGGAGCAAUUCUUGAAUCUUACGGUACAGCUACAACACGAUCUGCAUGCUGCAACGGAACAGCAGGCCAAACUUGUUUCGGUAGUAAAGGAACACGAGGAGAAGAUGAACUCUGUGCAAGACCAGAUUGAGAAGGAUACAGAGGCGUCGAAGUCAGACGCAGAAAUCAAGUACACGCACGAGCGUGAGAUGCGAAGAGAAUUUGCUGACUGGCGUGAUACGUUCAAGCGCGAGCUGGAGUCGGAGAUACAAAGUCGAAUGCAGGGUGCUGAAAAUCGAAUGUCAAGGGUGCUGCAAGAGGAAAAGGAGGCGUUUUCUUCUAGUGCCGAUGCUCUCCGGAGUUUAGACGCCACUGACCCUGGAAUUCUCCGCGUUAUCGAGGUGGCUUUUCAGGCUGUGGAGAUCAAGAAAACAGGGCGUGUAGACCAUGCAGCCUUGGCAAAUGGCGCUUCGGUUAUUCAUUCAGAGCGUGACCUCCUCCACCAGGAUAGAUCGUCCCCAGCGCAGCUGUUAAUCCAGCUUCUCGGACCAAGGGACUCCGAAGAUGAUGGCAGGUUCACGUCGCCUUCGUAUCGAUGUGCGCCGGCCCCAUUCUUUGGACUGUUACUGUCCUCAGGCGAAAGUCCCUGGUGGCUCUCACGCCAUAACGGCCGACCAGAAACUGCAUUGUCGGAAACGAUGGAGAUGGGUAGCUGCUGGGGUAUCGCUGGCUCAUCUGGUCGCCUCUCAGUGAAAUUUGCCCAACAAAUUGUUGCAGACUCCAUCACAAUUGAUCACAUCCCUGCCCAGAUCGCUUCUGAUUUCAGUUCUGCGCCAAACGAGUUCCGCAUCCUGGGCAUCUUGGGUCACCCUCUGCGGGAGACGGUGGAUUUCAUUUUCUUCGGCAAUUUUUCAUACACUAGCAAGGGCUCAGCAAGUCAGACAUUCAAGCUUACGUCGUCGCAGAGUCAAUCUUUGGCUAUCGAUGGUAUUGCCCUGGAUAUUCUAUCGAACCACGGUCAUCCCGAAUAUACCUGCCUGUAUCGCUUCCGCGUACACGGGCAGCCUGUGUGA